GGUGAAAAGGCUAGAGACAGCAAAUAGUCAUUCCAGACAGAUGAGCAUGAAUAAGACCUAACAGUAAGAAGCAGUUUGAUGAGUAUAGGAGAGCUGCAAGGCACAUCCAGACUAAAAGGUGUGGAGGGAAUGGUGGAGAAUUUAGUGAGGGCCUGUGUGCCUCGCUUUGAGGCAGCAUCAACUGUAAGAAGCAAGUCUGUGAGAAGCUCAGAUCAGGGAGGGCCUGGCUUCCAGCCCAGACCACCUUACCCCCAGCUAACCACUGCUCCUUAUUCCUUAGUUUCCUCUGGACAGCUGGGGGAACUCACUAAGGGGCUGUGAGGGAGCCUUGUCAGGACUUGUCCUUCCCCUUGUUGAUCAGUGGCCUUCUGGUGUCUGAAGAGAAUUGCUGGCCAUUGCUAUGCCUCUCCCACACCCAGGUUGUCACAGCUGCUCACAGAUGUCAAGUCCAGGCUACCUCCACCCUCACUAGGCCCUGACACAGACCUUCCCUGAUACUGUGUAGGGUGCUAAGACCACUGCUUCUGGGGAAAUUGACACAGGACUUACAGAAAUGCAGUUGAAGAUCCCUGGCAUUGCCUGUCAGGCACAUAUCCUCAACUUGCUCAGCUAAUUACAGACUCUGGCUGUCAGCGUGAGUCAACUGGGCCUUUCAUGUUCAGUUCCAUAUUCUCCCAACUAAACAAACCUGAGAGAACUGGGCCCCAGGCUAGGCAGGAUGUUAUGUUGUGGAUGACAGUCACUCUGUCCUCUCCAUCCCCAUCCCCAGUUUCCCUGGCUUUCAGAGCCUGUAUGUCUGAUUGAUACCCAUGAACUGUGUAGCAGGGCUGACGUGGCAUGUUUCCAGGCUGAGUCAUGGCAACACUGAUAGAAGAGCCACUGUCCCUGGUCUCUAGCCUGGUGUCGUGUAGAGGUCAUUUACUAUCUGUGGAUAAUGGUAGGGUUACUGCUGAUGUGAUAGCCCAAAGUUUUAAACUAUCUGCUCACUAAUUUCCCUGCAGUAAAAGUUGGUACACUUUGUCUAGUCUCCCACCAUGAUGAGUAUUCUAGUGUUUGGACUGCUAUAACAGUAUAAUACAGACUGAGUGGCUUAUAAACAACAUACAUUUAUUUCUCACAGUUCUGGAGGCUAGAACUCUGAGAUCAGGAUGCCAGCACACAUUGGUGAGGGCCCUUUUCCAGAUUGCUGACUGCCAACUUCACAUGGCAGAAGGGGCAAAGGAGCUCUCUGGAGCCUCUUAUGAGGGCAUUAAUUACAUUCAUUAGGGCUCUAGCCUUAAUGACCUAAUCACUUCCCAAAAGCCUCACCUCUUAAUACCAUCACCAUGGGCAUUAGGUUUUCAUUGUAAGAAUUUACAGGGACACGAUUAUUCAGGACCAUGGCAAUGGACACAGUGAAACCUCAAGAUUCUAUGCAUUCAAGACUAGUUCAGGGAAAAAUGAGCUUGGUGGCCAACAGCUCCACUGCAGUCUAGGACUCCUUUUCUCUUCCCAGUAAAGAAGACCCACAGUGUGAACCUACUCUUCCCCGCUGGCCUACAGACUAAGGCCAGAUUCUACAGUCUAGCUGCCACCUCUUUCCACCAUAUAUUCCUACCUACAUGUAUCCUCUUCAUACCCUUGGAGCUGCACCCCAUUCUGUUAAAGUGGCUUGUGCUCUAUGAUUUCAUACAUGUUCUCUUUAUCAAGGACCACUUCUGGCAGCAUACUGCUGUUCUUCCUUCAAGGUUCAGCCUCCUCAGCUUGCCCUGCCCACUCUAGGGCAGAGUUAGUCUCUUCCUCUUGUGUUCCUGUAUUGCCUCUCACUCAGAACUUCCACAUUUUGGAACAUUGUCCAUUGUACUGCAUAUUUCUUAGUUUAGGCUCCUCCAGCUCCUUUCCAAAGGUGAGCUACCACCUCAAAACUCAGACUCUGGAGUGUUUGUAAAAUAGAUGGAACUCCCAGCAUUGCAAAGGGGACGUCCCAGGGUCCUUAACCUAGUUCAGGGCUCCAACUUCCUGUGGUCUUGCUUAAGUUUGCAUGAUGGCCCUGCCUACUCCGGACUCUUCUUAGGGCAGACUCAGAAGGAAGUGCACCUUCCUGAAUUAGCUGGUGUCUAGUAAGUGGUGGCUGAGGAAGAGGGUGGGACAUAAUAACUCAGGUCACCUGUGAGUUUCACUUUUGGGUGCAAACCAGGUCAGUGUGAUGCCUCACACUGAGAGAGAAGAGCUCAGGCCUGAGAAGAUUGAACAACUGCUGCUGCUUCCCGGUGGCCACGCCCCAUUGUGGAACCACAUGGACUCCAUUGGGCCUGUAGGGUUGCAGCAAGGGGAAGGAACCCCUGGCUGUCCCCAGGACAGUUUGCUGUGCCCCUCAGACAGCUCUGAGCUGGUGCAGGAUUGCCUGCAGCAGUUCAAGGUGACGGAGCCACAGCUGCAGCAAAUUCAAACCAGCCUCCUGGGCUCCAUGGAGCAGGCACUUGGGGGACAGACCAGCCCUGCUCCUGCUGUCCGAAUGUUGCCCACAUAUGUGGGGUCCAUCCCACAUGGCACUGAGGAAGGAGACUUUGUGGUACUGGAGCUGGGGGCCACAGGAGCCUCACUGCGUGUUCUGUGGGUGACCCUGACUGGCACUGAGGGGCACAGCAUGGAGCCCCAGAGCCAGGAGUUUGUAAUCCCCCAAGAGGUGAUGCUGGGUCCUGGUCAGCAGCUCUUUGACUUUGCCGCCUGCUGCCUUUCUAAGUUCCUGGAUACACUCCCUGUGGGCAAUCAGGGUCUACAGCUUGGGUUCAGCUUCUCCUUCCCUUGUCACCAGACUGGCCUGGACAGGAGCACCCUCAUUUCCUGGACCAAAGGUUUUAGGUGCAGUGGUGUAGAAGGCCAGGAUGUAGUCCAGUUGCUGCGAGAUGCCAUCCAGAGGCAGGGGGCCUACAACAUCGAUGUGGUUGCUGUGGUGAAUGACACAGUAGGCACCAUGAUGGGCUGCGAGCCAGGGCUUGGGCCAUGUGAGGUUGGGCUUGUUGUAGACACUGGUACCAAUGCGUGUUACAUGGAGGAGGCCCGGCACGUGGCGGUGCUGGACGAGGACCGAGGCCGAGUCUGCGUCAGCAUUGAGUGGGGUUCCUUCGGUGGUGAUGAGGCCUUGGGGCCAGUGCUGACUACCUUCGACCGCACGCUGGACCUCGAGUCUCUGAAUCCUGGUGCCCAGAGGUUUGAGAAGAUGAUUGGAGGCCUAUACUUGGGUGAGCUGGUGCGGCUGGUGCUGGCUCACCUCACCCAGCACGGGGUCCUCUUUGGUGGCUGCACCUCUCCUGCCCUGCUGAGCCAAGGCAGCAUCCCCCUGAAGCAUGUGGCUGAGAUGGAGGACCCCUCAGAUGGGGCCGCCCGCAUGCACACUAUCCUGCAGGACUUGGGCCUGAGUGUGGGGGCCUUGGAUGCGAAGAUUGUGCAGCAUGUGUGCAUGGCCGUGUGCACAAGGGCUGCCCAGCUCUGUGCCGCCGCCCUGGCUGCUGUCCUCUUCCGCCUCCAGCACAGUAGGGAGCAGCAGAUGCUUCAGAUUGCUGUGGCCACUGGAGGUCAAGUGUUUGAGCAACACCCCAGGUUCCUCAGUGUCCUGCAGGAGACAGUGAUGCUCCUGGUCCCUGAAUGUGAUGUCUCCUUCAUUCCCUCUGUGGAUGGGGGCGGCCGGGGCGUGGCAAUGGUAACUGCUGUGGCUGCCCGCCUGGCUGCCCACCGGCGCCUGCUGGAGGAGACCCUGGCAGACUUCCGGUUGAACCGGGAACAGCUGGCAGUGAUACAGGCUCAGAUGCGGAAGGCCAUGGACAAGGGGCUCCGUGGGGAGGCCUCCUCCCUGCGCAUGCUGCCUACUUAUGUCCGGGCCACGCCUAAUGGCAGUGAGCGUGGGGACUUCCUGGCCCUGGACCUUGGGGGCACCAACUUCCGGGUCCUUCUGGUGCGUGUUGCUACUGGAGGUGUGCAGAUCACCAGCCAGGUCUACUCUAUCCCGGAAUACGUGGCCCAGGGCUCUGGACAGCAGCUCUUUGACCACAUCGUGGACUGCAUUGUGGACUUCCAGCAGAAGCAGGGCCUGAGUGGGCAGAGCCUUCCCCUGGGUUUCACCUUCUCCUUCCCAUGCAGGCAGCUCGGCCUGGACCAGGGCAUCCUCCUGAACUGGACGAAGGGUUUCAGUGCAUCAGACUGCGAGGGCCAAGAUGUUGUGUGUCUGCUGCGGGAAGCCAUCAGGCGCAGACAGGCAGUGGAGCUGAAUGUGGUUGCCAUUGUCAAUGACACAGUGGGGACCAUGAUGUCCUGUGGCUAUGAGGACCCCCACUGCGAAGUCGGCCUCAUUGUUGGUGAGGAGGGCCCUGCUCUUUUUACCUCCAUGCCUGAUGUUAAUUCACUGUCUCCUGUUGAUUCCUCAGGGACUGGCACCAAUGCCUGUUACAUGGAAGAGCUCCGGAAUGUGGUGGGUGUGGCUGGGGACUCAGGCCACAUGUGCAUCAACAUGGAGUGGGGUGCCUUUGGGGAUGAUGGCUCUCUGGGUGUGCUCAGCACCUGCUUCGAUGCAAGUGUGGACCAGGCAUCCAUCAACCCCAGCAAGCAGAGGUUUGAGAAGAUGAUCAGUGGCAUGUACCUGGGGGAGAUUGUCCGCCACAUCCUCUUGCAUUUGACCAGCCUUGGAGUUCUCUUCCGUGGCCAGCAGACCCAGCGCCUUCAGACCAGGGACAUCUUUAAGACCAAGUUUCUCUCUGACAUUGAAAGUGACAGCCUGGCCCUGAGGCAGGUCCGAGCCAUCUUGGAGGAUCUGGGGCUCCCCCUGACCUCAGAUGAUGCCCUGAUGGUCCUGGAGGUAUGCCAGGCUGUGUCCCAGCGGGCUGCCAAGCUCUGUGGGGCAGGUGUGGCUGCUAUGGUAGAGAAGAUCCGUGAGAACCGAGGCCUGGAAGAGCUGACUGUGUCUGUGGGGGUUGAUGGGACCCUCUAUAAACUACACCCCCACUUCUCUAGCUGGGUGGCAGCCACAGUAAGGGAGCUGGCCCCUCGCUGUGUGGUUUCCUUCCUGCAGUCGGAGGACGGAUCUGGCAAAGGUGCAGCCCUGGUCACUGCUGUUGCCUGCCGUCUUGCCCAGAUGGCCCAUGUCUGAAGAAUCUUUAGGAAUUUGCUGGACCAGGGCCUGGAACUCACUUGUCUCCAGCCAGCCCAGCCAUCCACGACUCCCAGGAUAGCCCAUAUGUGACCCCUCUGUGGCCACUGGCCUCAACCUCUUGUUUUCCCGAAGAGAAAUAGCACGUGGGUUAGCAAUAUAUAUAUAUAAUUUAUUUACA